AUGUCUAUCCAGGAUAGGGCACAACAUCAACUUGGGCAGCUCGACAAGGAGCUGUCGAAGUAUCCUAUGCUGAACAACUUUGAGCAGCAGACCUCGAUCCCUAAGAGUUGGGCACUACUUGGCCUUGCAGGACUAUACUUCUUCCUCGUCUUCUUCAACAUUGGUGGAGAGUUUCUGGUCAACUUUGCUGGCUUCAUUAUUCCCGGAUACUAUUCCCUCGACGCUCUGUUCAGCGCGAGUAAGAUAGAUGAUUCCCAAUACUGGGUCGUAUAUGCCUUCUUGAACGUCCUUGAGAGCCUGGUCAACGCCGUCUACUGGUUCCCAUUUUACUACGUCUUCAAGUUCAUCCUCGUCCUCUGGAUGGCACUCCCCAUGACCAACGGAGCCCAAGUUGUCUUCCGAUCAGUCAUCCAGCCAGUCUUCUCCCGGUUCUUCUCCACCACUGGCAGCACUGCUGCCGAUCUUCGAGCGAAAGUGGACUCUGCGGGAAAGAGCCAGUAA